GGUUUCAGAAUGUAUUUUGAAUUGUAGAAUUUGAAUUAUUUGCCACGAGUGAAAGUCUAGAUGGCAGGGUAUAGAACAAGGGUGGAAGUUGUUUCACCAACAAAGCAAAACUUUCCUGACAUAUUAGGAUCCUGAUGUUUGUUGGUGAAUAACAUAUGAAGCAUUCCUAUUUUCUUUGUAUGGCGCCUACAUUGAGAUGAUUGGUGAUACAAAAGGCUACAUGAAAUUAAAUGUCAAGCCAAGUUCAACUGUGAUAGGUGAUGGCAGUAAAGAGCAACUCAUUGCAGUUGGUUACACCAGAAGCUACAUCAAAACAUUCAUCUUCCACUGUAUAGCAUUACUAUGCAUAGGCCUGCCAUAUGUUCUUGUCUACUGGCACAAUGUUUUUGGAAUUCGUUGGCAGUAUGUUUGCUGCCCUAUAGAUGAAUCUCAAGUCUUGGUGUUAGAGGAUGUUCAUGGGCAAACUUACAUUGCAAAAGUGCACCAAGAAAUUGUUGGGGACUACUUUCCUGAUGAAUACUCUCUGCUAUCAAAGGAUGAUUCAGAGAAAGAGGAGGAAUCUGAAACCAGUAAAUUGUUUGAAGAGGACUCUGUGCCCUACUUGCGGUAUUUUGUCCAUCAACAUGUCAAGUAUCUGUGGAGCAAAAGGUACCAGCGGUUUCAAAUGCUUACGGGAAUCGAACAAGGCAUUCAGCUUUGCGAUUUUCACACAUUCGAAGGGCAAUCAGUGCAAGUUCAGGAAGCAAAACUACAAUUACACGGCUUCAAUACGAUGUCUGUCGACGUCAAGUCCUACUGGCGUUUGCUUAUAGAUGAAGUGCUCAACCCGUUCUAUCUUUUUGAGAUCUUUAGUUGCGUGGUUUGGACAGUGGAUGAUUACAUUUACUACGCCGCGUGUAUUUUCGUAGUAUCGAUUGUGUCGGUUGGCAUUGCCCUCUACGAAAUCCGCAGACAAAGUUCAACAUUGAAAAACAUGACGGCCGCCCACAUAUCUUCCAUGGUUACCGUUUCUCGUGGCGGAGAAGUUUAUGAAAAUAUUUAUGCCAGCCGAUUGGUACCUGGAGACGUUAUUGUUAUACCUCCAACGGGGUUCUUGGUGCCAUGCGAUGCCGUUCUCGUAGCGGGCACUUGUAUUGUGAAUGAAAGUGUAUUAACAGGUGAAAGUGCCCCUGAAACAAAAACACCUGUACCAGAUCUGGAUGAGCCAUAUUGCACCGACAUUCACAAAAGGCACACUCUCUUCUGUGGUACUCAAAUUCUGCAGACCCGCUACUAUGGCCAAGAUAAAGUCUUGGCUGUCGUCAUAAGAACAGGAUUCACUACGGCAAAGGGUGAAUUAGUCCGCUCGAUUCUAUAUCCAAAGCCAAUUGGCUUCAAAUUCUAUAUUGACUCGCUAAAAUUCGUGCUGCUGCUAUUUGGCGUGGCACUUUGCGGCAUUACGUAUUGCGUAUACGUUUAUAUAACAAAAGGGGCAACGCUUUGGGAAAUUAUCAUACGGGCUUGUGAUAUGCUAACUAUCGUCGUUCCGCCCGCCAUGCCCGCCGCAAUGACCGUUGGAACAGUGUACGCUCAGUCACGUUUGCGCCGUAAUGGCAUCUUUUGCAUUUCGCCGCCACGCAUCAACGUGUGCGGCAAAUUAAAGCUCAUGUGCUUUGAUAAAACAGGAACCCUUACUGAAGGUGGUCUCGAAUUUUGUGGCGUGGCACCGCGAUCAAAAGAGGAAAAUGUUUUUGCUGAUCUUGUUCGUGAUCCAGCGCUUCAACUGAAACAAGAUGACCCAGUUUUAGUAACCCUUGCGGCGUGCCAUACUCUUACCCGAAUCGAAGGUCAACUGAUUGGUGAUCCUUUAGAGUUGGAAAUGUUUAAGUCAACUCAAUGGAUUCUUGAAGAGCCAGGAGCAGAUGUUACUCGUUACGAUGUUAUGACCCCUUUGGUUGUUAAACCCGUAACUCGAGACACAUUUCUUGGUGUUCAUGGUUUUGAUUUCGCCGAAACAGGAUUCGAGAUCCCUUAUGCGGUAGGCAUUGUGCGGCAGUUUCCGUUUAGUUCUAGCCUGCAACGGAUGUCAGUAGUUGUCCGAACUUUAGGUAGUGCCCACAUGGAACUUUUGUGUAAGGGGUCUCCCGAAAUGAUUCGUACCCUCUGUUUGAGUACAUCCGUGCCUGACGAUUUCGCCAAAGUUUUAAGAUCGUACACGAUGCGGGGUUUUCGUGUUCUUGCAUUGGCUCAUCGUAUUCUAGACCGUCGCUUGACGUGGCAUCAAAUGCACCGCAUGAAACGGGAAAACAUGGAAUGUAAUCUGAAAUUCCUUGGCCUUCUGGUAAUGCACAAUACCCUUAAGCCAGAAACUACCCCUGUUAUCCGACAACUACGAAACGCCAACAUUCGUUGCGUUAUGGUCACCGGUGACAACCUGCUAACUGCAAUCAACGUGGGGAGAGAUUGUGACAUGCUUCCUGUAGGGGAGAAAGUGAUACUUGUUACAGCUACUGCACCGAAGGGCACCACUCGUGCAUCCAUUACCUAUUCAUUGGCGGAAAUGUACGAAAGGGAUGUAGAAGAGAGUGGCGUCUUGUCGUCGUCUGAGUCAGAUGCCAUGUUUACUGAGAGCUGGCCAGACUCGGUAUUCCAACCAAUGGAAAACAUAUCGCGCAUGUGGCGCAGACAAGCUCUUGUUUCUGAUGCGGAGAGAGGGUUGGACAGUAACCAUCUAACUCCGCGAUUGCAUUUGGCUCUUGGGGGGAAAACCCUAGACGUCAUUCGUAAACAUUUCCCUCAUUUGCUUCAAAGAAUCCUUGUGCGAGCAACCAUUCUAGCUCGGAUGACACCUGAUCAGAAAACAAAGGUGGUGGAAGAGUUUCAGGAACUUGGCUACGCUGUUGGAUUUUGCGGGGAUGGAGCCAAUGACUGUGGAGCGCUUAAAGCAGCUCAUGUAGGCAUUUCCUUGUCGGAUGCUGAGGCAUCCGUGGCCGCUCCCUUCACUGCCAAAGCUGGAAAUAUUUCUUGUGUCCCGACUAUCGUCCGUGAAGGUCGCUGUGCCUUAGUCACCAGUUUUGGGGUGUUUAAGUAUAUGGCGCUCUACAGCUUGAUUCAAUUUAUAUCAGUACUGAUCCUAUACUCGCUACGCACAACCCUUGGCGACUAUAUGUUCCUCUAUCAUGACUUGUUCAUCACGACAACUGUUGCCGUCCUAAUGGGACACACUGAUCCCUAUCCAAACCUCGUGGUUCACCGACCUAGAGGAUCGCUUCUUACCAGCUCGAAUAUGCUGUCAUUAGUUAUGCAAAUAGCUUUGACGGCGGCAAUACAACUAGGUGCCCUAUUGCUUUUAAUGCUGCAGCCUUGGUACCACCCUAUACAUCCCGACGGUGAUGAAGUCAUUAUUCCGUGUUGGGAAGUAACCGUCAUCUUCUCGAUAGGUUCAUUUCAAUACCUUAUUCUUGCGCUUGCAUUUUCCUACGGACCUCCCUACCGUCAGCCAUUUUAUACCAACAAACUUUUCCUCUUCGCCCUGAUUGUCCUGACGGCAUUCUCUCUAGUCCUGACGUUGUUGCCGAUCGGGCCGCUGGCCAAUUUUUUUCAAGUGAUGGGGAUCAACGUGAAUCCUUUUCACUGGUACUCAGAGGAUGACGGUGGGAUUCCUAUUGGUACCACAAGAUCUGAUGAGGAUGACAAUAUGUACCUAUUUCGCAGUUGCCUCAUACUUCUGGUAAUAUUGCACACAACUGUGGCACUUUUCAUUGAAAAUUUGGUAGCAGAAUAUGAGUCCAGUCAGCGCCCUGCAAAUCAUCCUCGAAAUUCAGAACCAAAGAACAAGUACAAGAAGGUAGAGCAGGAAUUAGCUCUGGAAAAAGACUGGCCUCCGUUAGGUCAAGCUAGCACUAGUGAAAUUUUGUCACUUUAAAUCUUUAGAAAACAUAGAUCGCGUAGUGAGUUUCGGAAAUAGGUUCAAAUCCACCAUUUUAGUUGUGUUCUUCAUCUUAAGAGUGCUUACUUCCAAAAAAAGUGUUUGACUAGCGUUUAAUAUGAUAUUUUUCUAUUCUAACCAAUUGUUCUAGUAAAUUUUGCUUAUACAAUAAGCAUGUUACAUAAGGCAUGAACAGAAAGAGUGGUUUUUCUCUCCUUUUUUUUGGCAUGUACGUCUAGCGAUUCAUUCCUUAUAUUGUGUCAAAAUCGGCAAGCAACCAUUUUGAAGUAUGUCUCACGUGUUAUUAGUCAAUAAAAAAAUAUUUUUCGGGA